UUGAAGUUUCGCUACACACUUUAUGGGUCAAGGGUGCAAUGACACGUCCUCACCUGAGGGAGGCAGUGAUGCUAGAACUUGAUAGCUGUGUGUUGUCUGCCGGAAGUGGAAAAGGGGCUGCUGCAAGAUGGUUCGUUUAAAUAGUUCUUACUGCGGUUUUUUAUUUUGUACCUAUUUUAUAUGGGAGUGGAUAUUGUGAAGCACUCGACUAACUGCGAAGAAGUAUCUGUAGUGUAAGAAAGAACGAUUGCAGGAUACGAGGAGGAAUUUUCUCGAACGAAAGAGCAGAAAGGACGACAACGUCAACCAUGGACGCCGUUUUGAAGCCUCCAUUGGAGUCUGGCAGAACAGAAAGUUGGCCACCCGUUGCUUUGUUGAAGCCACCUUGUCUUGUUCUCCUCCUCCGUUACCUGCCUGUAAUGUGGAGCCCAGUCACAAUCACAUUGUUUGUACGUUAGUGAAGAGCGUUUUCAUCCUGAGCAGCAGGAGUGGAGCUCCAGGGUGGAACAGGAGCAGCCACAGCCCCCCUAUGUUAAAGAGGAAGUGGAUCCACAGCCCCCACACAUGAAAAUUGAAAAGGAGGAGCCACAGCCCCCCCACAUUAAAAAGGAAGAGGAGAAUCACAGCAUCCGUCAGGAAGGAGAGCAUCUUCAAGGACUGGAGGAGUUCCCAGUGAUUGGUGUCCCUGUGAAGAGUGAAGAUGAUGAAGACAAAGGUGAAAGUGAGGAGAAGAGAGAGGUGGCGCCUCCAAGCAGCAGCUCAACUCAACACAUGACAACAGAAGCUGAUGGAGACCACUGUGGAGGAUCACAAGCAGACAACCUCUUAGCUCCACUAUCAGAUAGUGACAACACAACGUCACACUCUCCUGACACUGAUGAUGAAGACUCUGCAGCUGAUAUGACAUGUCACACUGACAACACACGCUUCAAAUGCUCUCAGUGUGACAAAACUUUCAAACACCAUUGCGAUCUGAAAAUACACACGCGAUAUCACACUGGAGAGAAACCUUUUUCCUGCUCAGCUUGUGGUAAAAGAUUCUUUAAGGCGUCACAUUUGAAAGAACAUGCACAAAUACACACUGGAGAGAAACCAUUCAUGUGCUCAGUUUGUGGUAAAGGAUUCUCCCGGAAGUAUUAUUUGGCAGCACACACAAGAAUACACACCGGAGGAAAACCUUUUGUGUGUUCAGUGUGUGGUUCAAGUUUUCUACUCAGUCAGACUUUGAAAAUACACAUGCAAAUACACACUGGUGAAAAACCUUUUUCCUGUUCAGUGUGUGGUGUAUGUUUUAUACAAAAAUAUGAGUUGAAAAUACACAUGAGAAUACACACUGGGGAAAAACCAUUUUCUUGUUCAGUCUGUGGAAUGAGUUUUAGACUAAAGCAAUUUUUGAAAAAGCACAUGAGAAUGCACGCUGAAGAAAAACCUUUUAGCUGCUCGGUGUGCGGUAAAGGUUUUGUACGAAAGAACUGUUUAAAAAUACAUAUGAGAAUACACACUGGAGAAAAACCAUAUUCCUGUUCAACCUGCAGCAAAAGCUUUUGUGACCGAACAGCACUUGUUGUACACAUGAGAACGCACACGGGAGAAAAACCAUAUUCCUGUUCAGUCUGCAACAAAAGCUUUUGUCAACGAGCGACACUUGUAAAACACAUGAGAAGACACACUGGUGAGAAAGUGUUGAGUUGCAGUGUGUGUGGUGAAAGAUUCUCUUAUAAGUACCAGCUUAACAAUCACAAGUGUGCUGGUGAGAACAGCAGCGGUAAAUGAAGCUGCAGGACUUGAAAUAACUUUCUAACAUCACCACAUAUAACAUGUGACAUCAUUGUUGUGCGUGUGUGUGUAACACAAUGUGGUUAUAUACCUACUAAAGUACUUUUUAGAGGUAUUUAUGUUUUAAGCAAUGUUCAUAUUUGCUGAAUGUACUUGUAUCAUCCUUUUUGUUCCCGUUUAUGGAAAUGUUGCUGUUUUCAGAUGCUUGGUGUUUUGAGCACACGUCAACCCUGGUAAACUCCUGGAAUUGGCCCUGCUGUGCAAAUGUUUACAUUUCCCGUAUUUUAACUUGAAUUUAAAACAAACAAAAAAGUCCUCUCCGACCAAUUUGGUCCCAUUGACUCUAAUUACUAAUUGAUAUUAUUCUCUACCUUCAAAAUACAGGGAAACCCCCACUAAUUUUAAGAAAAUAUUGCACAUUUUGUGUUUUAUUGUGUGGUUUUCCCAUUGACAAAAGGGGUUUUUAUGAUUGGGCCAGUUUUUUUUACUUUAGGGUACAAAGUGUGUCAUGGCAGCCUUAGUAUGAUGUGUUGUAGAUAAUCUCCGUGACUUGUGUUGGUAUACAGUAGCUAUCUCACUAUUUGUGUGCAUCUAUUAAAAGUGCAUAAGGAGUAUCUGUUUACGGUGUUCUACGUGAGUGUUAUGGAUAGAAAUUCACUGGAAAACAUAAAAAGCGUUCAGAAAGUGGUGAUAUGAAAUUGAAACAAUGUCAAUGUAAACAAAGUGAGUGACAGGCUUGUUAAAGCAUGAAUAUCACAAUGUGCAACAACACAAGAAAUACAGUGUUGGUGAAUCUAACCAUUAUCCCUCAAUGUGAAUUUGGCUUGAUGGGUCAUACUGCAACUGUAUGAAGAUAAUUGAGUACAUAAAAUUAUUCAUUAUUGUGUAUGGACAUAUUUGUCUUGGAAAUUGACAUUCUCGAUGCUGUUUUGAUGUGAUGGAGAGCAAAUUAAAAAAAAAAAGGAAAUCGAGAAAUAUUGUUUAAUAAAGACACCGGCCACAGCCGCAAUGAGAACCCAAUCAAGCAUGACAUGUCUUCCUUUUUAUAUCCAGAUGUUCCUCCAAGAAUCACAACCUUAUCGUGGUGGAGGCGUGUCAGUGCCUGAGUGAUCCUAGGAGCUAUUUUGUUCGGGCAUGGUAGGAGCUCUCAAGGCAAACAGGUCUAAGGGGACGGGCCAGUCAAACAGUCAGAAAAGCAGGAAGAAGAGACCACACUUUGCCAAGACGUAGGACAUCGGGGCCUCACCCUGGAGCCAGGACCUGGGAAGGGAUCUUCAACCCACGAGACCCAGCCGGGUCCAGCCCAAAAAAGCCACACAGGAUGUCCCACCACAGACCCACCCCCUGUGGGAGCAUUGUGGGUGCCUUGGCCACAAGGCUGGCGAACAGCUUUUACCCACAGGCCAUCAGGCUUCUCAACGAAGCACUCACACACGCCGCACGCAACACACGCACACACUCAUAGCACUUUAUUUAUUUAUUUGUAUUAUUUAUUUGUCGAGGGAAAGACUUCUUGAGACAUCAUCUGUACUUCUGUGAAGAAUGUGUCGUAUUAUUUAUUUGUAUUAUUUAUUUGUAUUGUUUAUCUGUAUUAAUGUCUCUUCUGUAGUUGUUGCUUAAUUUAUUGGUAUUUAUGUUUCUUAUGUUCUUAUUCUUUUUCUUGUGUUUUCUUUCUUUCUUGGGAGAAUGAACAGAAUAAGAAUUUCAUUGCAUAGUAUAACUACCUGUUUUACUGUGCAUAUGACAAUAAAACUCUUGAAUCUUGAAUCUUGGCAGCCUGAUCUUCAGUGGCCAAGUCUUGUUCUUGAGCCUGAGCUCGUGCGAGAGGUUAAGACAUUCCGACAGGCUGGAGGUAGAGCAGGUUGUCAGUUCGAUCCUCGCUCUCUCUACCCAGUGACUGUUGUUGUGUCAUGUCCAAUACACUUAGCCCAUCUUACCUCCAG